AUGGCCCAUGAAAACAUAUGGUUUCCCGAUCCUUUCCAGAACUGCAAGAUCUUGAGUCUGAACGAGCCUACCCCUUCCAACUGGGAAGUCUUCCAAAAGAUCAACGAGCAUGUCGAGCAAUGGCAAGACGUUACCUGCCGCCUCCCCUCUCUGGCCUCCGCCAAAUUCGUCUGUCGUGAUGCCAGUGAAUCUCCCAAUGGACCCACAGCCUUCCUCCGUAUCGUGAAGCAGAUUCCCUCCCAGGUAGCCGAACAAUUUACUCGAACCGAGCCAAAAGCAUCCCAAGCCAUCCGAGCUCAGGAAGCCACUCAAUUUACUCCACCCGAGCUGAAGGCAUACCAAGCUCUCAAAGACAGAAAUUCGCCCAAUACCCCUAAGCUCCUAGCAUGGCAGCAAGGGACCCAGGAUGCCUCUGGUACCGUCCCAGGUGGCUUUAUCACAUGGGUUAUCUUUGAGGACAUUGAGGGAAUCGCCCUUGGGGAUGAGAAUGGGGCUGGCAUAUAUUGGGAGCAGCCGCCGGAAACACGUGCAAAAAUCCGCGAGAUUGGAAUCUUACCAAUCCAUGACGGCCCUGGAAAUUUGAUAUGGAACGCGGAAAGGGAAACGAUUCAUUUCGUGGGAUUUGAAGACCCAGAAUUCUUCCAGCGCAAGGGUCGGGUGACAGCCAAAAUAUUCCCCCGCUAUGGUCUAGCUAAGACUCCCCCUGGUGACCGGUGGUGGGAAUAUGAGGUGAACAAAGAUCCGGAUACCUCGAAAUGGACCUUCUAG